UGCAAAUUGUCAUCUCGAUAUUGCUUUCAUCAAUGCUUAUCAACUUUGAAAGUAUUUUCUGAUUUCGUUUUUUAAACAAUUUGUUAUUUUUUUGGUUCCUGAUCUAAACGUUCAACUUCUUCAAUCAUAAUGUCUUACCGUGAUUAUAAUCACGAGAUUAUUAAAAAACGUCGACUAGAGGCAGAAAUGGAUAAUUUCAAGAAAGAAAUUAGUAAACCUUUAGCGGCUAGUCAGCCUAAUUUCCCUCCGCCGAUGCCCUCAAAUUCAAUGUUUCAAUUUAUCCCUCAUCAAAUUCAACGACAAGUGCCACCAAUCAAUCGACUCAAUAUGCAUUCAACAGUAGGCUUACCUGCAAACUCUGCAGUUAUUUCUGCUCCAUCCUCAUCUUUGCCUGUAAACAAAAUGUCCAACAUUAAAGGAUUCCAGGCGAUCAAUUCAUUACCAGUUGGAUCUCCCAUUCCAGGAACAUCGACUGCCAAUCCUGGAUAUACCGUUACCCCAAUGGGAUUACCUCCAGGUGUUUCUUUGGCAUCAAUAGCAGCUAAUAACGCAUCAGCCUCUACCAAUUCAGGAUCAGGACCAUCUAAAAAGAGUAAUAAGAAUGCAGAGAAACCUUCUAGUAAAAACAAAAAGUGCUUGAGAGCCGCUGGAGGACAGAUAUGGGAAGAUAACUCACUAGCGGAAUGGGAUCCUGAUGAUUUCCGUUUAUUUGUCGGUGAUUUGGGUAAUGAUGUUACUGAUGAAGUAUUGACACGAGGUUUUAGCAAAUAUCCAUCUUUCGUUAAAGCCAAGGUAAUCAGGGACAAACGAACAAAUAAAUCAAAAGGUUACGGGUUUGUUAGUUUUAAAGACUCAAAUGAUUAUAUCAGAGCAAUGAGGGAAAUGGAUGGAAAAUAUCUGGGUAGUCGUCCAAUAAAGUUACGAAAAUCAACAUGGAAAGAGCGUAGUUUGGAAACCGUGAAGAAGAAGCAAAAAGAAAAGGCGAAAUUUCUUGCAUCUUGAUUAUCUAGUUGAUUAAUUGACCUGAUAAAACACAUGCAAAUGAAACAUAUAUUAACUCUCAUCUUGAUUGUAUAAAUCACUUAUCAUUUAUAAAUAUAGAUCAUCACGACUCAUGGCCGUAAAAUUAAAUAAAGAAGAGACCAGAAAUUAUUUAGUGA